AUGACAUUACUAGUCGAGCUUGUAACCUACAACGGCCACAACAAUGGUUGUGUAGACCUAUGGAAAUCAGACCUCGUCAACAGACUAUACCGUAACCUACCCUCUACUUCCCCCCUUUGCCAAUACGCUGUCACAAGGUACGCAGUAAAUGCCGGGAAUAUGACUCAAGAAAAGUGGGAAGCCCAUCCCAAGUCGUUCAUGAUCGAUCUGUUGUUGGUCGCUAUUCCUGUGAAAGGUGGCUCAAUCAAACGAAAGCUUAAGGAAGAGAAUUGUGACUCUUGCAACUUCCACGAGCACAAGGGUGAUAAAGAAGCGAUUGCGGCCUGCAAGAUGAGACAGCAGAAAGAAGGACUUUGGUUCUCUAGCUUUCUGCGAGCAUGCAUGAGCGAGGUUUACGAUAUGGAGGAUGCGAUGCUGGAGUCAAAGUCACAUGCGCAGACGGAGGAAAACCCAAAGUAUGAGCCUGACAUGUUGGAAAAGAAAGAAGAUAAGGCGAUGCCCUCGUCGGCCGGUGUUGGACUGCCAUCAGAUUCGACCUUUUCAUUCACAAUUCCCCGAGGAGUGGAUGGUAGGUCACAAAUGGAGCCACCCGUAAGCAUUUGGGAAGAUUUGGAAGCAUACGAUGACUAUGAGAUCUUGCUCCACGGUGGUUGA